UUAAUGGGGCAGAUUUUGUAUGUGGCCUGUUUGCUGAGUUUCUAACGGCGCCCGCCCUGCCAGUAAAUGAUUGAUGGAGGGAGGGGAAAGAGCGACGGGGGGCAGCGGGAGCUGAGAGACAAACAUUGACAUGACCCAGUCUUUCCUUCGGUUCCCUUUUUUCUUUUUCUCGUGCUUCUCCUUCUUUGCUACUGAAGACUUCUCUUCACUCUUUUUGACGAACCGCAGGAACAAGACCAACCAUUCAGAACAUCAGCCGACUUACCAGGCUUGACCUCCGAGGCUGGAGUUUUUGUAAAAUUUGGGGGUCAAAGGUCAGUGAGGAAGAUCACAGCAAAACGUGCCGGAGAAAACCUGGGAUUUAUUUCACGUUAAACUAGGAUCUUUGUCAAUGGCCCUCGUAUGGGAUUGUUUGUUCUGUUCGCUCCCGUCCCUGCUCCUCAUCCUCCUGUGUCUGGCUUUCCGCUGGAGAAGAGCAAGUUGUGUGGCGGCCAGGGCUGUAGAAGAAGAUGAAGAAGAAGAAGAAGAAGAACCCAGGCUCAUCUGCAAACCCACGGCGCUGGCCAAAUAUCUGCUCCGGCACUGUGGCUCUCUGUCCAGGCCGAGACUGGCCAGCCGGCCCUGGGGAGACCCCCACCUCCAGACCCUGUGCGGCCUGCUGUGUGGACAACUGGGAGAGACGCUGCGGUUCACUCGAGAUAAUCUGCUGCUCAGAGACGGGGGCAUUGUGGCUGUGGACUGGGCUGUGGGCACAGGGUUGGGUAAGAGGGCUGGGAGGAAGAGGUGGGAGGGGAGGAAGGAGCAUCAGUCGCGGGGGAAGCCACUGGGUUGCUUCACCUCGACGCCUCCCGUCCUCCUCCUCAUCCCCCAUCUGUGGGGAGGGAUGACCCCCCACCUGAAGGCACUGUGCCAUCAGGCAAUGCACCAGGGCUUUUACGUGGUGGUGUUUCACCACCGGGGCACGGCGGGAUGCCCGCUGACCACAACGCGUCUGACUGAGUUUGGAGACCCAGCUGACCUCGAGCAGGCGGUGACGUACGUCCGCACCCGCCACCCGUCCUCCGCGCUGGUGGCAGUGAGCGAGGGUUCAGGCUCCGGCAUCCUGCUUUCCUACUUGGGGGAAUGUGGAUCAAGUACAUACCUGACAGCGGCCGCAGCCAUCUCACCUGUGCUGCUGGGCCAACAGUGGUUUGAGACAGCCAUGCCUCCAAUUUAUCGCUGGGGGGCGCUGUUUCGCCGGAAACUGCAGCUCAGUAGAUACGCAAACUCCUUCAGAGCAGUCUUGGACGUGGACCGGGCCCUCAGCUCUUCCUCCCUCAGAGACUUUGAAGAAUCUCUUUUCUGCUCUGAGGCCCAUCUCCAGCAGAGAUCUCCAAUGAACUCUCCAAACAACUCCGGACUGAGCUCGGCUGCCUCAGCACCUCAAUACGCGUGGGACGUGGCCCCCCCGGUGGCCUGGGCACUGGGCGAAAGGGCUUACCCUGCCAGGGACUGGGACAGCUACUGGGAGAGGAAUGAACCCCUGAGGGAGGCCGAUGAGGUGGCCGUCCCGGUGCUCUGUAUCUGCAGCCGUGACGACCCUCUCCUCCCGCCGUCCUCCACUUUGCCCAUCCCCCUUUUCCAGAGCAAUCCAUAUUUCUUUCUGGUGCUGACCGACCGCGGAGGGCACUGCGGGUUCACUCUGGAGGACCACGAAGAGAUGGAGGGAGGGGAAACUGAAGGUGAGGAGGUGGUGGCAGGUAGCUGGAGUCACGUCGCGGUUCUGGAGUACUUCAGAGUAGUGGCUGAAUUCCUGAAGAGGGAGGAGAGGGAUGGGGCAAGCUGGGCCGGUCCACUAGGAGAGUAUGGUCAGGCUGGGUCGAGGAGCAGGACCAGCAACGUGGCCCCUGUUCGCAGGAGGAGAGCCCCCACGAUGAGGAGACCAAGACCGCAGAGCAGUGAGGAUACAGAGGAGGAGAACUUCACCUGGAAGAGGUCCUAUACACGCUGAGGGGGGAAGAGAUGGAGGACGAGGUGAGCAGACCGAGUCUAUCGACUUUGGGACAAUAUUCGGGGGUUCUGGCUUCUGUCCUACGAACGCCUGGGAGAUAAAGUCAGCAGUGGACACGUGACCUUUGGUAGAUACAAACAUUAGCGACGAGGCCUCCAACAUCACCAUGUUGCGUUUGUCUAAACCCGAAACUUAUUAAAGCAGCAGGUGUCGAGGUAAUGUAAAUGUGUCCUCCUCACACACAAAUCACCAGAGGACAAAGAAAUAUUAAAAUUACUUUAUUACAGAUGAUUCUUUAUCCAGUAGCCCUCUUCCAACAAAAAAUAGUAAUUACAAACAAAAUAUUACAUUUAUCCCCUAAACCUUGUGUCUGAAUUUUCUUUUAUACAUUUUAAAUCACUUUGUCAUCUGUAAGGAAUAGCUUUUCUCUUUUGCUAGGCGACAUUCAGCUCUUUGCACAAUCUAUACAAUUUAAUACAGUUUUUAAUACAGGUCUCUGGACCGGGGGAGAAUAAAACAGCAAGAUCCACCGAAAGACAGGAGAUAAAAAAAAAGAAAGAAUACUGAUCGACAGACUGUACAGAGACAUAACCCUGCCUCCCGCCGACUCUCAGCCAAUGGCAGACCUCCCUCAGCGCACAGAAAGGGGGGGGGGGGGGGGGGGGGGG